AUGGGGUCCAAGGGCAGCACCGUUAGGGCCUUGGUUGUAAUAAAUCCAGGCAAACCAACAGGACAUGUUCUUACUGAGAAAAAUCAGAAGGCAAUCAAAGUUGUUGAAGCUGAGAAAAAGGCACCAAAUGCAUACUACUGCCAACGUCUCCUCACUGCCAAACAUCCGAAAAUAUUGAAAAUACAUUCCAUUUGCUCUCAAGCUACCAUAGUUCCUAGAUCAAAUUUCACAUUCGAUUCUCAUUAUUCUGUUUACCUAUCUCCAAGCCAAUCAAUCUCCGUUUAUGCGGACUCAGAAAGAAAGUCUUCGGGUUCUCCGCUGAAAACAACGGAACUCCUCCAAAAUCUUUUGAUUAUCAUCGGCGCUGGCGUCGGUGGCCAUGGAACUGUGUUGCAUGUCAUUGAGAAGGGUUUGAAAACUGCAAUUAUUGAAAGAGAUGUGAUGGGGGGAACGUGUGUGAACAGAGGUUGUGUUCAUUCGAAAGCUCUCCUAGCUGUGAGUGGUAAGAUGCGUGAACUUCAGAGUGAGCAUCACAUGAAGGCUUUGGGUUUGCAGGUUUCUGUUGCUGAAUAUGACAGACAGGGAGUUGCAGACCAUGCAAAUAACCUUGCUUCAAAAAUUCGAAGCAAUUUGACUAACUCAAUGAAGGCACUGGGAGUAGACAUAUUGACUGGUGUCGGUACUAUUGUGGGUCCUCAAAAGGUGAAGUAUGGGAAGGUUGGUUUUCCUGAUAACAUAGUAACUGCAAAAGAUAUUAUCAUUGCCACUGGCUCCGUUCCUUUUGUUCCCAAGGGCAUUGAGGUCGAUGGGAAGACUGUUAUUACUAGUGGAAUUCAGUUUGCCACGGCUCAACUACCUCUUCUUGAACUUAUGGAUUGUGGGAUGACAAUAUGCGAUCCUGAUUCUCAGAAUCCACCUUCUAUCAAAAUUAUGACAGUGAAGUUUCAAAUGAUGCUUGCUGAAUUGAUGCAAUGA